AUGGCGACGGUGCGACACGCCGCAUCACCGCUCGACCUCCUGUCGGGCGUCGCCAUCGAGCGCGAGCGACACGUCCGCUCCAGCGACGAGCCCGGCGUCGCCGCGGCGGAGCCUCGCUCGACGACGACGCGAGCUCCCUCGCCGAGCGCGCCUCGAGCCGCACAAGGCGCGUCGACAUCUCAAGCUGUGCCUCCAUCGGCACCGAACCCGCGCUCGGCCACGCCGGCGGGCCUCCCUCACCCUCACCCUCACCUUCGACCCCGCACCCGCCUCCCCUUCCCUUCCGUCUCCGACCUCCCACCCACCACCUCGAGCCUCGCCGUCCACUCGUCCGGCGACACCUACAUGUACGGCGACGCAUCGGGGCGCGCCGUCGUCCAUCGCCAACAGCUCGUCGGCCCGGUGGACGGGCCUCUCGCCUCGCUCCUCGCGACGCCCCGCACGGACGCCUUGUCGUCGCCCUUUGCGGCACCCGAGCGCAGUCGAGCCCCGAGCUCGUACGGCGCGUCUCACGCCCACUUCCCGUCCGUCGGCGGGCCCAGGAGCGUCGCCAUGAUGCGGCAGCAGCCGUCUUGGCCGAGCCGCCUCGACCGCCCGCGCGACAGGCCGUCGGCGUUCGUCCCCUCGACGAUCCUGUGCCCUCCUGUCUUCCCGCCGUUGUCGAGGACCUCGGCGCCGGGUCGGCCGCGCCCGCACGUCCUCUUGCACCCCGACUCGCGAGCCGACCUCGAGCGCGACGAGCCGUCGCCGUCCUCGGAGCCCGUCCGCAACGCCUCGGUCGCCCUCAAGGCGUCACUCGAGCGUCCAACGGCGGUCACCGACAAGAAGCCGCCGCAACGGGCGCACAAGAAGGCGUCGGGCGACCAGAAGGGCAAGGCCAAGGCGCCGCCGCCGCGUCCGCUCUCGCGCAUCAAGCUCUCCGAGCGCCCACCUCGCGACAUGGACCGCUGCGACGCGAUCGUCUCGUGCACGCUGUGGGAGGACGAGCGCACCGUCGCCAUGCAGGUCCUCGUCGACGGCCACGUCGUCGCGAGGCGAGCCGACACCGACUGGGUCAACGCGACCAAGAUCGUCAACAUGGUGCCCGGCAUGACUCGCGGCAAGCGCGACACGAUCGUCAAGACGCGCUUUGGCGACAGCGACCGCAUCAUCUUUCGCCGAGGCGCACUGCACCUCAAGGGCGUCUGGGUACCUCUCGCCGCCGCUGCCGAGCUCGCGCAAGACUACGACCUGAUCGACCUCCUGUACCCGUUGUUCGAGGACAACAUCCGCUCGUUCCUGUUCCGGCCGAUCAACACGGAGCGCACGACGCUCCUCGUCGUCGCUGCACGCGAGCGCGCCGCCCUCUGCGAGAUGCCCGAUGCUUCGAGCGGCCUCAGCCUCGAGCUGCGCGAGGAGCUGCGCAUCCGCGGCGAGGAGCUCGCGCGCUUCCUCCAGUACCUCGAGCAGGGUCUCGGACUGCCCGGUCCGAGCGCCGCGCCGUCGUCAGCCCCGUCGCGCCACGCUCAGCUCGGCAUCGACGAUCGUCGCGGUAUCAAGGAGCAGGCGCGCGUGCACGUCCCGAGCGCUCCUGCUCCCCUCGGCGCUCGGCGCCCUGUCCCGCCCGUCGACGGCGUGGCUCGCGACGAGUGCGACCCGCCGUCGCCGCCGACGCCUCCUCCGUCGGGCGGCCCCUUGCGCUCGACGCGCCAGCAGCAAGGUCUCGCGGCGACCUACCGCACCCGCUUCGGCUUCCCAGCCGAGGGACCCUCUCCUCCCGAAGCGGGUCCGAGUCGCUCCUCGUCCACCUCUCGCGUCGUCGCCUCGUCGACCAAGCGCGGCCCGGCCACGUCGACCAUGCGCUCCAUCCAGCCCGACAACGCGACGCCCAAGCUCAAGCUCGACAUGCGCCCGUACGCCGCGCCGGCGACUGCGGUCGAGCACCCGCCUCGUCCCCCAGCUGGCGGCCCCGCCGGGUCGGCCUUCUCCUGGUUCGACAACCCGACGCCGCCCGAGCACGCGGCGGGCGAGUACUUUGACCCCUCGGCCUCGACGAGCGGGUGCCCGAGCGUCGCGCAGCGGUCCCGACACGCUCCUUCGGCAACGGCUCCGACGAGGUCGAGGGCGGCUCGCCAGCCGAGGUCAUCGUCGCCGCCGAAGCGUCGAGCCCGGCGUGGUGCGACUCGGGCGAGACGCUCGAGGGUCGAUCCGCGCGUCGAGGGUCGUCAGGCGGGACGCGUGCCCGCCUCGAGGGACGUGCACAGUCGGUCGCUCUCGGUCCCGACGACCAUCGGCGGCGCCCUCGACCUCGACUCGCGCGUUCUGCCGGCGCUCACCGAGGCGCCGCAGCCGGCGCCGCACGAGGAACCCGCCAACUACCUCGCGCUCGUCGCCGAGCUCGUCGCUUCCCUUCGAUCGCCCUCGCCCAAGCACUCGCCGUCGCCCUUGUCGCGCCUGUCCGUCACGCGCAUGUCGGUCGACGCCGCCGCCGCAGUCGUCCAUCCGCACGUGCCGGGCUUCUUCGGCGCCAAGUCGCACUUUGCGCCUCGCUCGGUCGAGGUCGAGGCUGCGGCGGCGCCCCGAGCCGACACGGAGGACGCCCGCGGCCGCGAGCUGCUGAGCGAGCUUCUCGCCGGUCGCGAGUCGGCGCGCCGUACGGCUCGCGACGGGCUCGGGCCGCUCUUUUCGUCGCCCUGCCCCGACAUCGACGCCUCGGCCACCCUCGACUCGCGUCGCCUCGCCGCGACGGCCGGCCUUGACGACGUCGCUGUCGAGGCUCGGCACGCCGCCCUCUGCGAGCCGCGUACCUCCCUCUCGUCGCCCCCCGACGUCGCUCGAGCCAUUCCCGCCCGUGCCGCCGUCCUCUCGGGCGCGACCGCGCCGAUCCCGCACAAGCGCUCGUCCUCCGACGUCGACGACGUCGACUUGAACGUCGGACCCGACCAGCUGCGCGGCCUCGAGCGCGUAGAGCGGGCGUGCUCGCCCAAGAAGGCGAGGCUCGCCUACAGGCGAGGCGACGAUGGCUCGCGCGCCGCCAACUUCUUCCGGCUGUCGAGGUUCUCGGCCAGGGCGCCUUAG